AUGGAGUUGCUGAUUCUCGCCCUGCUGCUGGGAACUGCUGUUGCAUUCUCCGGAGAUGAAAAGAUAGUCGGCGGUCAUGAAUGCACCCAACAUAACAUUCCCUGGCAGGCGUCCUUAAAUAUUGGGUACCACGCCUGUGGAGCUUCCCUUAUCAAUGACCGAUGGUUGGUUUCAGCUGCACACUGUUGGUAUUACCCAAGCAUGAUGGUGGUCGCACUGGGAGAUCCCAACUGGAGCCAGUUCGAGGGGACGGAGCAGUUCAUUCGCGUCGACAACGUCUUCAGUCAUAACAAAUACAACUAUUACACCAUGGACCAUGACAUCAUGCUGAUCAAACUGGCAGAGCCCUGCAUUAUUAAUGAUUAUAUUCAGCCAGCCAUACUUCCAACAGAAUGUGCGGUGGAGGGGACCAUGUGUACAGUCUCUGGCUAUGGAAACCUGCAGAGCAGUGGAUCGUAUUACCCCGACCGCCUGUACUGUGUCAAUGUGCCGAUUGUGAGCCAGGCAGAGUGCGACGCCUCCUAUCCCGGCCUCAUCACCAGCACCAUGGUGUGUGCUGGCUACCCAGAGGGGGGCAAAGAUGCCUGCCAGGGAGAUUCCGGAGGUCCUCUGGUCUGCGACGGGAUCCUGCAGGGGGUCGUGUCCUGGGGUUAUGGAUGUGCCGAGCCCAAUUACCCUGGAGUUUACACUAAGGUCUGCUCACUAUUGACCUGGAUUUACGACACUAUGGCCAAUAACUAA